AUGCCAGUGAAGCAGCGGAUCACCAUUAUUGGCCAGCAAGGAAGCUCCGUCGCAUAUUCUCUACUCCAAAAUCCCGACUUCCGGGUCAGAUGCAUCACUCGUGAUGCUCAGUCAGAAGUUGCCAGAGCUUUUCAGAGCCUCGGAGCGGAGGUUCUGGAGGCAGAUGCUGGAGUAUUUGAGGGCAUGAAGAUUGCCCUACAUGAAACUUGGGGCCUUUUUGUCAACCUUCCCACUGAAUUCUUUCCUGAUGCUGUGGCUAUAGCAUUAGGAACGAACAUCAUCAGGGCGGCCGAAGCAGUCGGCGUGAAACAUGUUGUCUUCAGCUCGGCUCCUCACGCCAGCAAAUUAACAAACGGACGGGUUUGUUUCAAUUCUCUCGAUGUCAAAGCCGAAAUUGAGGAGAUUGCCCAAGCUUCACCUCUUUUCAAAACCUUCACCCCUGUCAUGGUGGGCUGGUAUCUGGAGAACAUUGGAGAGACAUUCGCAGAUCUAUACGGAGGUUUUCCAGUCCGAAAAGACGCCGAGGGGAUAACGGAAUGUCGCCUGCCAUUAUGGGGUGGGAACGAAGAGAUGCCGUGGAUCAGCGUCAAAGAUGACUUUGGAGAUUUAGUGCAUGGGGUUUUCCUCAACCCUCUUCGCUGGAAUCGACGAGUGAUUCAAUGUCAGGCUGAAUUGAUGUCGGCAGGCGACAUGACCACCACUUUCAGUGCUGUGACUGGACAGAAAACUCGCUACGCCCCGUGCAUUGAUAUGGCGGACCUCAAGCCGGGAAUGUUUGAAGGCAUUCAAAAGAUGUUUCAGUACACGCAGCUUCGUGAGGGGGAGUAUUACCCCAACGGACCGUCCGAGGUGCAGACCGCCGCGCACCUGAAAAGGGUUGCUGCCAGAGCAAAGAAGGGACAUGCCAGAGAAACAUUGUUGACCGUCAGGGAAUACUUCGAGCGCGAAUGGACAUCUCAUUAA